AUGAUAGUAUAUAUCAGUUACAUUCUACUAAUUAUUUGUGUAAUCGUACAAUGUAAUCAUGAUGUAACUCCUAAAACACAUGUUGCAAUUGUUGGUGCAGGAAUUGGAGGUAUAUCAACAGCUUAUUGGUUAAAAUAUUAUUUGAAUGAUUCAGUUGCUAUUACGAUUUAUGAAUCGAAUCAAAUUGGUGGUCGAUUGAAAACUAUUAAUAUUAAUGGAGAUGAAUAUGAAGCAGGUGGAUCAAUUAUACAUGAAAAAAAUUUAUAUAUGAAAAGAUUUGCUGAUGAAUUAGGUUUAGAGAAAUUGAAUGUUCCUAAGGCAUUACCUUACGUAAUGACAAAUGAUGGUUCUCAAACAUUAUUUUCUACAUUACAUCGUUACAUUCCCAAUCUAUUUCUUGUUCUAUGGCGAUAUGGUCUUGAUGCAUUUCGUUUAAAUUUUUGGCUUGGUAGAAAAUUAUCAAAUUUUAUUCGUAUAUACGAUUAUCAAGAUAAUGGACGAAUAUUUAAUAAUGUUGAAGAAUUUCUACAAAUGCUUGAUGAAGAUUUUUCUAAAGCAACACGUACUUCAUUUCGAAAAUAUUUAUUUGAACAUGGUUUUAGUAAAAGAUUUAUUGAUGAAAUUGGUCAAUUAGCUACUUUAGUUAAUUAUGAUCAAUCAGUUGAUACAAUAAAUGCUUUUCCAGGUCUUGUUUCAUUGAUGGCUGCUGGUUCUACUUUAUGGCAUGUUAAAGGUGGUAAUCAUCUUGUUCCAAAACAACUUCUUGAACGACUUUUAAAACAAUCUAAUGUUCAAUAUGUUAAUGGUUAUGUAAAAAGUGUUGAAGAAGUUCAUCGUAUUGAUAUCAAUGAUCAAGGUGGAAAUGUUCGUCUUUCAUAUAAACCAGUUAAUAGUGAACUUGUACAUUCUGUUGAUUACGAUCACAUUGUAUUAGCUUUUCCACUUCAUCGUGAUAAUAUAAAUGAUUUUGUUUUACAAUCAACUGACUUAUUUAAUCAAUAUGAUUAUCGUAUGCAAUCAACACAUUCAAAUUUUCUUUCCGGUAAACUUAAUUGUCAAAAAUAUAAUUUAACUAAUGAUGAAUGUCAACGAUUAAAUGCUAUUUUUUAUACAAAAUCAUCAUUACCAUAUCGAGCUGUUGCUGAACAAUUAACUGUAAAUACAAAUAAAAAAUCUACUAAUCAAUCUAUUUAUAAAAUAUUUUCACCCGAAAAACUUUCAUCAGAAGAUUAUAAACAAAUAUUUGAUAAUGAUAAAUUUCAAUUAAUUCAAGAUAUACCUUGGUUAGCUUAUCCAAAAUAUGAAUAUCCACAAAAAUUACCACCUAUACAAAUAAAUAAAAAUAUUUUCUAUGUUAAUGCUAUGGAAUGGAGUGCAUCAUGUAUGGAAAUUGAAGCUAUUAGCGCACGAAAUAUUGCUAUGAUGUUAACAAAACAACUUGGAUUUGAACUUAAACGAAGUGAUAAACAUAUCGAAUUUUAA